GUCGGUAUAUAUGUGUACUCACAGCUCGUACUACGUCUUCAAUGUGCUUUACGGAUAUUCUUACCUACACCGUGAAUGGAGAAAUGCACAUGUACGGUGGGAAUAGCACAAAUACAGACCUCUAUUCUAUUCAUUCCUAUUCAAGAUGGAGAAAAAACAACGUAUGUUUUCCGUAAGGUGGUUGUAAACAAGAAAGUUGGCUGAAAAGUAGUAUCUUACCCGUAAAGCAACGAUUAAUCGAUAAGAAAUGGCGAAAUCCGUCUUGAGCUCGGACACAUUACCGAAGGCAGGCCGAGUAAACGAAGUGUGUCGUGAGUGGCUGGUGCACGAAGAUGGAGCACUCGCUUAUCGUCUACAAGACGAAGAAAUUAGGGAACACUACACAAGCAACAAAGUUCGCAAUGCACAAGUUAGAGAGGAUUUACCAAGGGCUAAGGUUGAACAGGAGCUGGAAGAGCUUAGAUAUCAAUCCUAUAUUCAACAGCAUGUUUCUGAUUUUAGAGAGGAAAGAGAUGCUCUUGUUGCAAAACAGAUUGCAUUGUCCUUAGAACGAGAGGAGAGACAGAGAGAAAGAGAAUUGCAAGAGCAAAUGAGGCUGCAAUUGAGAUUGGACGACGAAGCUGCACAGCUUGAGCUCGAACGACACAUUCAAGAAGAGAAAGAUGAGGAAUUAGCAAGAAAGCUGCAGCAGGAAGAAGAAGAAAAUGCUAUAGAUAAUCAUGAUGGUCCUGUUAAUGAACAACUACUGCUAGAUCAAAAGAUUGCGAUGGAAGCACAGGAUGCAGAACUUGCACGAAUGCUUCAGGAAAAGGAGCGAGCAAAAAUAAGGAAAGCGAGACAAAGAGCAAAGCAGAGAAAACUAGAACGGCAGCAACUUCAAGAAUUAGAGGAGCAGAAUCUUACAGAAAAGCCUCAACGACCUGAUAGAUUAGAAUUGAAAGGCACUCAAGGCAAGACUAGAGUACAACCAACUUUAAAUUAUCCACAAUAUCCUGAUCCUGAAGAAAUACAAACGUUAGAUGAGUCUGUUGAAAAUAUAAGAGAAGUGCAAAACGUAGCUGCAAUUAUUGAUCCUACAUACAAUGGAAGUAUGCACAGAAACACUUCAAGUAGCUCAAGUAGCACAGUAAGUCCUACAUAUGCAUUGCCUACACCUCCACAGGAGCUUAUGAACGAUGAUGUUCCAUGUUACAUGCCUAUACAAGGACAACGAAGAAAUCAAAUGCAAUCCCCGUCCCAAGCUCAUGAAGAAAAGCAUAAACGUCGUGUAAAAGAUGGUUGUAAACAGCAGUAAAAAUAGUUUAUUAAGUUUCUCUUUAUUUUCCGAUAGAACAUUUUCGAUGCCAUGAAGAAACGAUAUAAGUUACUUAUCGUAAGUUACGUGUAGAAGCUCAUAUCAUAUACAUAACUAACUUAAAAAUCAAUAUAGAAAUAGAAUUAAAUUUCUAUCUUCCAUUUACGAAAAGAUAUAUUUAACGAAAGCAAUGUAGAGAUAAAUGUGCCUUUUGAAAGAGUACGGUGUAAGGGAGUCAACGAAUAUCGAAAACUGAUUAGCAUUUAAUAACCAGUUACACCGUCCUGAAUCUUACAUCUGCCUUUAUCCAUGUACAUUUAUAUCGAACUUGAGAAUAAUAUAUUAUAUAAUAAUAUCAAAGAGAUUUUUAUGCAAAAAAAAAAAAAAUGAAUGAAUAAAAGCAGUGAAGUAGACAAUCACACUAAGAUUAAAAAGAAAAGAUUCAGCUAUUAUAUUUAAUUGUAUCAAAUAAGAAAAUAAUGAUGUACAAAUAUUGACCAUUUAGACUGAAUAUCAAAUGAUCUACUUGAAACAGAUUUUAAUCGAAUUACAUAAAUACUGCUCUCUAAAUUUAAUGUAGAUUUAACAUAUGCAUAAAUUUUCCUUGCUUCCUUCUUAAAGCAAUGUGUCUUUUUUUUUUAAUUAUUUAAGAUGCAGAACCAAUAAUAUAUAUGUAUUUACUGCCAAAGAGGACAUUUAUAACGUUCAUUUUGUACCAGACAAAGUUUAGUAUUAGCAACACGAGAAUUUCGUUUUUUCUGGAAAAAUAUUCGAAGCUACGAAUGCGUAGUAUAAAACAAAUGUUUGAUAAAUUAAAUAAUUUUGUAAGCUUUACUUUAGGAAAUAUAAGUUGAAUGAUCGUGUUACAAUUUUUAUUAAUCUAUUAUAAUGUAGAUGCGGCACAAUUGUAGUAUUAUUAUUUAAUGUCGCUUCAGUAUUUAAGUUAUAGGUACUUAUUUAUGGUGAUUGGAAAUUUAUUUGAUAGCAAUAAUAUGUAUUAAUUCUUUUUUACAUUUAUUGUAUGAAUACAGCUAUACAUGGGUAUAUUAAUAAAUUAUUUACAAAGUUA